AUGGCGGAUCUAGGUAUAGCUAUUGAGCGUAUGGAACAACUUAAGGAGUCCAUAGACAUUGGAUAUCUAUGUAUUUGUGCUGCUUUCGUUUUGUUGAUGCAAGUUGGAUUCGCAUUCCUCGAAGGUGGGUGUCUUCGCUAUAAGGACAUGCAAAGUAUUAUGCUCAAAAUAUUUAUGAACACCUGUGUUACUAUUGUAAUAUGGUGGCUAGUUGGGUAUGCAAUAGCUUUUGGAAAUGAUUCAAAAGAAUUCGUUGGAUCAUCAGUUUAUAUUGGAUUUGAUAUGAAAAACUCUAAACAUUUGGCAGAGUUUGCAUUUUAAACAGCUGUUGCCUCUGCCGCUACAAGCAUAGUUUCAGGAGGUGCAGCUGGCCGCAUGACUUAUAUUGGAUAUUUUAUACUAUCUGUAGUGUUUUCUUCAGUUAUUUACCCAUUUUGUGCUCAUUGGGGAUUUGGAAAUGGUUGGUUAAUGAAAUUAGGAUAUCAUGAUUAUGCUGGCAGUGGUACCAUUCAUGCUUCAGCUGGUAUGGGGGCUUUAAUGACAACCAUGUUAUUAAAACCUAGAAAUCAAAGAUUCAAUCCGAAGUAUUCAGAACACUUUGAACCUAACAAUCCAAUUUACAUCACUUUAGCUUGUCUUUCUCUAUGGGUUUGUUGGUGUUUCUUUAAUGGUGGGUCCUCAUUAGGCAUUGCCAAUGGAGCUAGUGUUUUUAUGAGUCGUGCUAUCAUGAAUACUUUCAUUGCAGGAGCUUCUGGAGCUUUAACUGUUUUCUUUAUUUUCUAUUUAAUGAACAUUGAUCAAGGCAACAAAUAUUCCUUAGUCAUGAUAUGUAACGGCAAUCUGGCUGGGUUAGUUGCCAUCACUGGUCCAUGUGACAAUGUUGAUGCAUGGGCAGCAUUUGUAAUUGGAAUCUUGGGAGGCAUGAUGAUGGUCUUUGCAAAUAGAGUCCUAUUCAAUCUAUAGAUAGAUGAUCCUGUUGAUGCUAUUUCAAUUCACUUUGCAUGUGGAAUGUUGGGAGCCAACUUAGUUUCAUGGUUUGAUAUGGAUACAGGGAUUGUUUAUGGCAAAGGAGGCUAUUAGUUUGCAGUUUAGAUGUUAGGAUCCUUUAUUUACAUUGGAUGGUCUGCAAUCAUUCAUUUAAUAACUCUUCUAUUUAUUGAAAAAAUAGGUUACUUACGAGUGUCAACAGAAGAAGAACAUGAAGGAUUAGAUCCUGCAACUAUGGGAUGUUGUGCUUAUGAAAUGGUUGAAUUAUAAUAAUGA